AUGCCCAUGGUUAGAGACGAUCAGGUUCAGGAGCACCUAAGGAAGCUGAAGGUGCACAAGUCCGUGGGACCUGGUGGAAUACCUCUAUGGAUCCUAAAAGAUCUAGCAGAAGAAGCUGUUAAACCUCUAUCCGUCAUAUUCGAAAAGUCGUGGCAGUCUGGAAUAUACUGUAAUGGGACAUUUGAUCAAUUUGUUUGCUGGCCUUACUCACCCCCAGGAAAUGUCUCUGUUCCUUGUCCUUCAUAUUUGCCAUGGUUGGAAAACGGGAAUGUAGGAAAUGUAUACAGAGUCUGCUUGGAUGAAGGGACUUGGCAAACAAGAGAAAACUCCACAGACAUUUGGCGUGAUAGUUCAGAAUGUUCUGAGAAAAAUCAUUUCCAAAAAAAAGAAGAAGAACAUAAAUUACUUACCACAUUACAGCUGUUGUACACUAUAGGAUAUUAUUUUUCUCUCAUCUCACUUCUACUAGCUCUACUUAUACUCUCUUUGCUCAGAAAACUUCACUGCACAAGAAACUACAUCCAUAUGAAUUUAUUUGCAUCUUUUAUUUUGCGUGCCACAGCAGUUCUUAUAAAAGACACUGUAUACUACAAUAUUUAUUCCAAAAGACCAAAUGAUGAAACUGGAUGGAUAUUAUAUCUCAGUCCUGAGAUUGUAAUCAUUUGCAGGACUGUCCAGUUUUUCAUGCAUUACUUCAUUGGGGCAAAUUAUUUUUGGCUAUUAGUAGAAGGAAUUUAUUUGCGUACGUUACUGAUAACAGUUGUCCUCUCUGAAAGACGACUGCUACAGACAUACGUUGUGAUAGGAUGGG